AUGAUGUUGGAGAUGCCAGAACACCAAGAAGAAAUGCAAUGCAAUUUAGAGUUUGGAAAAAUAAAAAGCUUACAGAUCCUUCUUGUAGAAAAGAAGGUUGGCUUUCUUAGAAGCCCUGCUACUCUGCCAAACAGUUUGAGAGUGCUGGAAUGGCCUGGAUGUCCUGCAACUUCUUUACCGCAUGAUUUUCAUUUGAAGAAUCUUGUCAUACUCGACUUGUCAUACAGUUACUUUGGAUGGGACAAACCACUAGAGAAUUCAAAGGUUUUGAGACACUUGAUUGUCGUAGGUUGUAAGAAUAUUAGACGAAUACCUGACAUCUCUGGUUUCCACAAUUUGACAAAACUUUGUGUUGGUGAAUGCACAAAUCUGAUUGAGAUUCAUGAUUCAGUUGGAUCUUUACUUCAUCUUAAAGUGUUUUGUGCUGAAGGAUGUACCAAGCUCACAAUUGGUCUAAGUCGCAUAGAGUUGAAAUCUUUGGAGCAUCUGUGCUUUCCGGGCUGCAGCAGUCUUGUUAUGUUUCCAGAAGUAUUGGCACCAAUGCACAAACUAAACCACGUUGACUUGGGAGGAACUGGCAUAAGAAAUCUGCCACCAUCAAUGCAAAAUCUUAAGGGUAUUAAAGUAUUGUCCAUGGGGAAAGGCCAAAUGCUUGAAAUUAAUGAAUCGUCCAAUUUCUUUCAAAACCUGCCAAUGUUCUUUCCUAAUUUAGAAACAUUAUAUUUACAAAACUUAGACAUUACAAUCCUUCCUGCCAGCAUUGAAGAAUGUCACUCUUUGAAAUUUCUGCACGUCACCAACUGCAAGAAGCUUCAAGAAAUUAGAGGACUUCCAUUGAAUAUUAAUCAGUUCUACGCAGCAAACUGUUCUGUUAAAGCCAACUCUUUGAUAUUAAAACUCAGGCAGGCCAUUGAUUCUGCUGCAAUGAGAAUCUGUUUUCUUCCAGGUCGGGAAAUCCCAGAAUUGUUUGACCACUCUAGCGGGGGAAAUUCUACUGAUAAGAGCAUUGAAGAAUGUCACUCUUUGAAAUUUCUGCACGUCACCAACUGCAAGAAGCUUCAAGAAAUUAGAGGACUUCCAUUGAAUAUUAAUCAGUUCUACGCAGCAAACUGUUCUGUUAAAGCCAACUCUUUGAUAUUAAAACUCAGGCAGGCCAUUGAUUCUGCUGCAAUGAGAAUCUGUUUUCUUCCAGGUCGGGAAAUCCCAGAAUUGUUUGACCACUCUAGCGGGGGAAAUUCUACUGAUAAGAGGUACAACAAUCGAAAUAGAAUUUCUACGCAGCUACCAUGUGAUGGAUGA